AUGAAGCGAAAAUUACUAAAACAAAUCGCAAGUCUCUUCAAGAGAAGGCUCUACAACUCAUUUUAUACUAAAACCCUUGGGGUGAAUUAUAAGUUAAAGACAUCGCUUGCAAAAUAUCAUCAAAGUAGAGAAAUAAACAACAGAAAUAAAACGAUGCCAGGACUGGUAAAUUUAAGAGAUAGAUAUGCAUAUGGACUUCAGAAGCCUGAAACGUUACCGGAGCACUUAAAAAGUGCCAAUUUCAACCACACUUUAGAUGAAGCAUUUAAUUUUAUGGGAUGA